AGAACAACAAGAACAGCAUACAAGAAGAGGAAGGUUGGAAACUUAAUAAAGCUCUCUAUAUUUUCAAAACUCAAAUGCUUUCAACUCUUUACCCUAUCUAAGUCCUAAACCCCUACUGCCUACUUUAUUCCCCUAAAAUUGCUCCCAACUCUCAUAUAGGCUUACUUAGUUCAACUUCGUCCAGUAAGUUAACUAAGUGCCGCGCGACUUGACUAACCUCUAAGCCGAAGUUUCGUGACAGCAAGCGCAUACUUUCUGUCCCUCAUUCAUAUCCUCAUUUCCUCCCCACUCUUUUUUUAAAAAAAUGUAGAAAAGAAGAAAAAAAAUGAAGAAAAAAUGUAAGAUAUGGCAAACGAUGUCGUAGAAACCAAUUAUACAGAUUGUGCAACUCACAGUACCAACCAGAAUCCAGAUAUGGCGUUAGUUAUCUCCUUAAACAAUCCAGGGCCACUCUGUUUUAUGGCGAUUGUACCUAAAAAAUCCCUGAACACUACAAUUGAAAGCCGUCGCUGUAGCUUUAGAAUAUCUAUUAAAAGCCUAAGGCCAAAGCACCGCAGUCGCAGAUUAGUCGUCAAUAAAUUGGAUACAAGCUCUAACCAAAACAAUCAACAAGAUGAGGAAGUUAACAAUUUAGGAGUUAAAGCUGCAUUAUCUAUGCUCAAAUUCUACAAAAGGGAAAUCUCGCCGCUGUUACCGAACAGCUGUAGAUAUGUUCCUACCUGCAGUGAGUAUUCGAUGAUUGCUUACAAGAAGUAUGGUGUUGUCAAAGGCACCGUCUUGACUGCUUGGCGUCUCUGUCGCUGUAAUCCCCUUGGUGGAUCUGGAUUUGAUCCUCCACGAUGGUUUGAUGAGAAAAUUCCACCUCAAGAAUGAGAUGGAUCUUUCUAUUUGCCUGCAAACAUUUAAGGUCCCUAAGGUAACUUGAGUUCUACCAUGGACCCUAAAGUAUAAGACUAUUACUCAUGUGAACUUGGUGUACCGUCCUUUUAAUGAAGACCAAGUUCACCGAACCUGGUUCCAAGCCUUCAACGACAAUAAAGAGUUCUUCAAGCAAUUUUUUCAAUGCAAGGAAUAUUUGUGUUAGGUUCUCCCAUUUACGUCCAGCAAAAUAUUGUUAUAGUUGCGUGAUAAAGGAGUACCUAAUAUCUGUAAGGAUUGACAUAUAUCUAGUAAUAACAUUGAUAUAAGAUAUUAUUUUAUAAGUUUCUUUGAUACGAAGGGAUUAUUGGCCUGCUUACUUUUAAAAUAAAGUAAUAAGGGCUUGAGCCUGCUCGGAACUCUUUGGUUAACUGGUGGAUUUUACUUCCCCUUCAACUGUCCAUAGGCUUACACCAAACCGUGCAAAUUUUUAGGUACCCAGAGUUUCAGCUGUCCACUUAAAGGGUUUUCUCCUUUUACUUUCUGUGUUCAUAGAUUCACCUUCAUAUUUAUAGAUUCAGUCUUGUAGAUAUACAUAAAGAUAAGAUUUUCCACAUUUGACAUGAAAAGGGAAGAAAAGAUUUCCAGGGUUGAAGUUAAAGAAAGAAGGUUCAACGUUUUCCAUUUUGCUUUAGUGGAUUGGCCUUUAUUUCUUUUUCACUAUAGUUGCGAAGGAUGACAAUUCACUUCAACCAUGGUGGUAGCAGUCAACAAUUGAUGCAUCGUCGUCAUUCGCAAAAGUACUAUACGCUCUUUAAAAAAGUCCAAGACUUUCUCUAUAGUGGUUUUUGUGUGACUUAGUUGAUACUGCGCUUUCAAUUAUCUAGAUAGGAGUUCUAAACAAGUAGUUUGUAUGUCUUGUUGGUGUUGUGCCUUGAGGAAGUUUGUGAAAUUAUAAAUAGAUAAUGCAAAAAUAAACAUAGGUACUGGAACUUCCUUUACUAUUUGCCUUUUCACAUGUAACUUUGUUUAUAUGCUAAUAAAACUUGUUUAAAUAUGAACAGACAGAUUCUUUGGAUGCUAAAAGUGUCUGACAAAUUACAACUGUGAUAAAAAUUACUCAAAUAGUCUUUAUUAUUGAAUAUGUUUAAAUGUGAAA